AUGACGCGACUCGCAUUGGAACAAGUGACUGAUUUCGGCGAUUUCACGAAAGGAAAGGAUCUAAAGGAGUUUUUUAAACGAGCAUACUCCAACAUUUCUUCUCAAAACUGCCUGUCCGAUGUGCGUCUGAGUCCAGAUGGACGUCACAUUCAUGUCAUUGUGCGUCAGCCCAAGAGUGGUCUUAUGACAUAUGACAAAUAUCAGCGAGCCCAUCCAAUGCAAAGCCAGAAGCACAUUGAUUUAGUGCUAACUCGAAAUGUGCCUAUAGUAGAUGUCAUUUAUAUCCCUCAAAGCAAACCAGAUGAUGAAGCCUCUGUGCUAGGAGUGAUUUUUGAGAAUGGAAAAGCAGAAUUCUGGAAAUUCCUGGAGUGCGGAUCAGGCUGGCAUCUACUCCAGACUGUGGAUCUGUGUAACAGCCCUCGUGCAAAAGUAGUUUCUGUGUCUGUGUGUCAGAAUUUCAUCAUAUGGUGUGAGGAGCGACCACCAUCUGAGAACUCCAAUAGUGUGUGUAGCAACUUCAGGUUCUGUAUCUGCAAAAAGACUGUAGAAGUUAAUGAGGGGGGUGUCAGUUUGGGAAAUGUGAAAAUUGCAUUGCAUAAUAAUCCUCGAUAUACGACCAUCAGUUCUGGGGAUUUGGUCUAUCUGCUUCCAGACGUGCGGGAAAACUCUUCACUAGGUUUUUCUAAAGUGUUUAUUGUAUGGUCACCUGAACGUGAUGCCUUUAAAGUGCAUAGUGCCUGUAGUUGCACGCUUAUGAAAAGCUCAAGCAAAGAAUCAGACUUCAAGAGGCUUGUUACAGACUUGAUUGGCCUUCUAUCCACACUAAAUCCUCCUGAUAUCUGUGGAUUCUCUCCCACUGGAUGUGGAGACCUCCUUCUUCUCCUUAGCACUGGUUGGGUAUGCAUCAUGAAGAGAGAUGGCUGUCUCCGCAACAUUUACAAACUUCCUGAUAACUGCCUAAGUGCUAGUGGGACCCAAAGUAGCCUGAAUAUAUAUAAUGAAAUCCUGGCACUAACAAUAGGCAGGACCCUCUUCUUAAUUGACACCAAAUGUGGCCUGGAAUUAGAGCGAAUAAGUCUGAAAACGGAAGGUCUUCUCUUUGUAAACUCUUUGGACAGUCACUCUCCGCAAAUGCUGUUAGAAACCGGGAUGUUUGUGGUCACGCAAAGACAGAAGCCUUCUCCGACACAUUCAGAAGACUCGAGUGCACUCUUGGUUGAGGCUGUUUUCGAGGAAGCGUGCAAAUACUAUCAGCAAAGAAGUCUAAGUAGCACACAGCUCACGGUGGAGAAGCUCAAAAAAGGUGGGAUGUUUCAAGCUCCCAUAUCGCUGGCUGCCAUCCUAAAGGAUUAUCUCAGCAACCAGAAGACCAAAACUGGUGAGAAACAUUCCUCAGGUCAAGAAAGGCUCAUGAGCUCACUCGAAUCAGAACUUAGGAGUCUCGUUUUGCUGGAGGACAUCAAAACAUCAAUGGUGAAGGCUUCUGAGAAAGAUCUAGAGAACUAUUGUGAAACGUUGGUGCAGCAGGAGAUCUGCCGGCUGCUUGGCGGUGAGCUAGAGAGGGAGAAUCUUCAAUACCUGAAUAGCAUCUUCCAACUCUUUCCCACUUAUUCCUGGCGCGCCAUGCAAGCGGUUCUCCAUCUGAAGUGUAACGGUGAGGGAUCAUUGUCGACCAAAGCUCCUGCUGAGUUGUGGAAGAUCAUCCUCAGCCCCGUGCAACCCACAGCGAACUUUGCUCACUGCAACGGUCAGCAGAAACACACUACGGUGAACCUGCCUGUUUUUGAGCUGUUGUGCCAUUCCAUCUUCAAAUUCCAGCCUAGCUGGCUCCCCAGGUUUCUCGAAUUGGCACAACAGCAGAUGGGCACGACCAGGAGUUAUGGUGUGAAGGAGAGCUCUGAGAGCUUGCCGCUCUAUAAACGGGCCUUGACUGUGCUCCCUUGCAAAGAAACCUACCAACACCUGGAAGUAGAGCUGCUUUUGUGCAGCGAGAGGCCUAAAGCGAUAAUGCAAGCGUUGCGGAUUCUCAUCGAGCAAAGCCAGUGGGAACGGGUGACACAAGUAGCUGAGAGGUUUUGCCGGAAGAGCCUUAUUCUGAACAAAGAGAUUUUCGAUGCUCUGCUGUGCGAAGUGUCCCAGCAUCGAGACCUGGACCCUUAUUUGGACCUGCUGUGGACUCUUUGUCCAGAGGACAUGACUGUGACGAGCAUACUUAAUAUUGUACUGAAAAACCUGCCGGAUUCGACGCAGAACUCGGGACCGUUUGAAGCUCAUGGCAGCCAGGUCACCAUUGGGCUUUUGAAACCGCUCCUCAGAAAAGUUCUCCAAAGGGAGACCAAACCCAGCCACAGGUACGCAGAUAUUCUUCAGUCACCCACAAUUCCUCCGCUCACGCCUCCACGCCAGCCAAAGGGACUGUUCAGAGAUGCUGAGCACCAGGAAACCAAGCCGAGGACUUCCUCUUGAUCUAAAGUAACAUCUAGAGCCAGCCUGGUCUGACUUUCCCACUCACAAAUCAUAUCUAAAACCUUUCAGUAGACUUUUAUUAAAGGAGUCUCAAAGGUAUAGUUCACCCAAAAUGUCAUCAUUCACUCACCCUCAUGUUGUUUCUAAAUAUGUAUGACUUUCUUUCUUCUGUAUAUUACAAAAGAAUAUAUUUUGAAGAACUUUUUGUCCAUACAAUUGGACCCUAUUCACUUUCAAUGUAUUGGCAAAAAAUAUCUUCUAUUGUAUUUUACAGAAGACAGAAAGUAAAACGGGUCAUGAGGGUGAGUAAAUGAUGACAAAAUUAUAUAUGAGUGAACUGUACCUUUUAAGAAGUAUUAUGUUCCUUGCAUGGUCUGAAUAGAAUUACGGAGCUCCUUCGGAUCAGAUAAUAUUUCAUUAAAUAUUAAAAUUGUAUAGUAAUUACUGCAAUUCACAAAUGUUUAACUACUGCUUGAAUUAUUCCUGAUGUAGAAUGUAAUAUAUGUUGUUUUUAUGUUCAUUUGGUUUGCUGCAUUUCAUCUUACAUAUCUGCUAUGUUUUAAACAGUAUUUUUUUUUUUCUCCUAACCUUCAGAUGUCUUUUUUACGAGUCAUCGUAUGAAGCAAUGCUGUCACCCUGAUCUUUUUGGAAGGUCAGAGAUGACUAAGCAUUAUUCACAUUUCAUGCUUCAGAUCAUUUAUUUGAACCCUUAGCAUAACAAUAUCUUCUUUUUUUUAUUGACACUACAGUUGGUCAUCAUAUGCUGGUGUAAUUAUUAUUUUAAGAAAAUCACAUGUAUAUGACGUAAGCUAAGAAUUGUUGUAGUCAUUAAUAAAAAAUGUACAGUAAUAUAAAA